CUAUCAAUGAUGAUAGCAAAAUUGUAUAUAUAAAGGCUCCAAUACACUUCGCUCAACUCAGCAACACUCAAAUAUAGUUGCAAGCAAUAUCUUGAAACCCAAAAAACUAACGCACAUCCACAAUCAUAUAGCUGCAUAAAUUAACACAAAACCAUAUAUAUGGAUUCGCUUCUAAAAUCUCCAAUCAUGGAGAACUUGAAGGAAGAACCAUUUCUUAUGGCAAUCAUGUUCAUCGUACCACUAAUACUCUUGUUGGGUUUAGUGUCACGAAUCCUCAAAAGACCAAGAUAUCCACCAGGACCAAUAGGGUUACCUAUUAUAGGUAACAUGUUAAUGAUGGACCAAUUAACCCACCGUGGUCUAGCCAACUUAGCCAAAAAAUAUGGUGGCAUCUUUCACCUACGCAUGGGAUUCCUCCACAUGGUAGCUAUUUCCGACGCGGAUGCCGCACGACAAGUUCUGCAAGUUCAAGACAACAUCUUUUCCAACCGGCCAGCAACUGUAGCCAUUAAAUACCUAACUUACGACCGUGCUGACAUGGCGUUUGCUCACUAUGGUCCCUUUUGGCGCCAGAUGCGAAAACUCUGCGUGAUGAAGCUUUUCAGCCGUAAACACGCCGAGUCUUGGCAAUCUGUUAGAGACGAGGUUGACUAUGCUGUCCGAACUGUUUCAGACAACAUAGGCAACCCUGUGAACAUUGGAGAACUAGUAUUCAACUUAACCAAAAACAUUAUAUAUCGAGCGGCUUUCGGGUCGAGCUCGAGAGAAGGACAAGAUGAGUUUAUUGGAAUAUUGCAAGAGUUUUCCAAAUUGUUUGGAGCUUUUAAUAUUUCUGAUUUUGUACCUUGCUUUGGAGCUAUUGAUCCUCAAGGGCUUAAUGCUAGGCUUGUGAAGGCUCGUAAAGAAUUGGAUAGUUUCAUAGACAAAAUCAUAGAUGAACAUGUGCAGAAGAAGAAGAGUGUUGUUGAUGAAGAAACGGAUAUGGUGGAUGAGUUGCUUGCUUUCUAUAGCGAGGAAGCUAAAUUGAAUAAUGAAUCAGAUGAUUUGAAUAAUUCUAUCAAACUUACCAAGGAUAAUAUCAAAGCCAUCAUCAUGGACGUGAUGUUUGGAGGAACGGAAACGGUAGCAUCAGCAAUUGAAUGGGCCAUGGCAGAGUUAAUGAAAAGCCCAGAAGACCUAAAGAAAGUCCAACAAGAGCUAGCAGAAGUUGUGGGCCUGAGCCGACAGGUCGAAGAGUCCGAUUUUGAGAAACUAACUUAUCUGAAAUGCGCUCUUAAGGAAACCCUACGUCUUCACCCACCAAUUCCAUUGCUUCUUCACGAAACUGCGGAAGAAGCAACAGUUAAUGGUUAUUUCAUUCCAAAGCAAGCGCGUGUGAUGAUAAACGCAUGGGCUAUUGGAAGAGAUGCAAAUUGUUGGGAGGAACCUCAGAGUUUUAAGCCGUCACGGUUUUUGAAACCAGGUGUGCCCGAUUUCAAAGGAAGUAAUUUUGAGUUUAUUCCAUUUGGGUCAGGACGUAGAUCCUGUCCCGGUAUGCAGUUGGGUUUGUACGCGCUUGAUUUGGCGGUAGCUCAUUUACUUCAUUGCUUCACUUGGGAGUUGCCAGAUGGAAUGAAGCCAAGUGAGAUGGAUAUGAGUGAUGUAUUUGGACUCACUGCUCCAAGAGCGAGUCGACUCGUUGCUAUCCCUACUAAGCGUGUCUUGUGUCCUCUGGAUUAGAAAGAAAAAGAUCAAGAAAAAAAAAUGGAAUUGAGUUUUCUAUUUUGGGUUUUCUUCUUUUAUUAUUAUUCUAUUAGACAAUAAGCAUAAGUGUUUUGUGAUGAUAAAAUAAGACACGUAACAAGCACGUGAGUGUGUAAAAGAAUUGGAAUUUUCUUCACUUUUCUUGAUGUAAGCUUCUAUUUUCAAAUAUUAUAAUGUAUUAUACUAUCCUAUAAGAAACAAUUCAUUGUAUAUUUCGUUCU